AUGGCCAAAAAGCCAUGCCCUUCUGACAGAUUGGAAGUGGUGAGGAUCACCCAUGCAAACAAACACAAGGUGGUCUACAUCAGGCAUGAGUGGAAGAAGGGUGGGUAUGACCUUGAGGAGAGCAAGUGGGCCAACCCCUACUUCCUCAAGAAGGGUGCAAUGCCCAAGGAGCACAAGGAGUGCCUUGACAAGUACCACAGGCAUAUCAUGUGUGACAAGUAUCUCUAUCACGCCCUGCCUGAGUUGUGUGGCAAGAUGGUUGGAUGCUGGUGCAAGCUGCUGUUGUGUCAUGGUGAUGUGCUGGCUGAACUGCUCUGUGAUUACAAGCCACUGACACCCAAGAAGCCGUGGCAUUGCAUCCUUGAAAAUGGUUGUGUGCUUGUGGUGUUUGAUGUGGAUUGUGUUGUCAUCAGCAAUGAAGAUGACUGCUGCUGUGGCAGCACUGAACUUGAAAUUGACAAUCUGUGUGAGGAGGAUGUGAAGCAUGUUGAUGACCAAGUGUGCAGCCUCAUUGGUGGCUUAUUUGAGCAUCUCAACCCCACAUUGCUCACAGAGCCCUACUCCUAUUCCACUAGCUUGGAGUGUGACAUCCCCCAAGAGGGCAACUCAAUCAAAGAGCUCAUCAACAUGGUGCACUACAUGUCCCAAGACAAGGGGUGGCAGUCAGAUCUGCCACAACACAGCAAUUGUAUCAAAGUGCACACCAAGGCUGAAAGGCUAUAA